UUUCCAUGAGGAAGCUUAUUGGCUGGAGCGGCCGCGUGACCGACAUAUGACCAGGUUCGUCAAGUAUAUAAAAACGAUCUUUCCCGCCGCGACGAUCAUGGACCCUGAAGAAGCUUCUUUGUUUCUUUCCCAUCAGACAAGAACCUAGAGAGGACGAAGCUUCCUCAGUCACUCAGCCAGCCAGCCAGCCAGUCAGCCAGUUAAUCAUCCUCCUCCGCAUACACCUACCAAAAUCACGACCGUCAACAUGCUUGGCUCAUCCAUCUUCGUCGCCCUCACGGCCGUCGCCGGGGCUAUCGCUUCUCCCCUCGACCUCAUCACGCGGUCGACGCCCGCGGGCACGGGCACGAACAACGGCUUCUUCUACUCGUUCUGGACGGACGGCGCGGGGCAGGUGACGUACAACAACGGGCCGGGCGGCUCGUACGACGUGACGUGGCGCAACGUGGGCAACUUCGUGGCGGGCAAGGGGUGGAACCCGGGCGCGAACCGCGUGGUCACGUACAACGGGACGUGGAACGGGGCGAACGUGAACAGCUACCUGUCGGUGUACGGGUGGACGCAGAAGCCGCUGAUCGAGUACUACAUCGUGGAGUCGUUCGGGACGUACAACCCGUCGAGCGGGGCGCAGAAGCUGGGCACGGUGCAGAGCGACGGCGGCGUGUACGACGUGUACCGGACGCAGCGCGUCAACCAGCCCUCCAUCGAGGGCACCUCCACCUUCUACCAGUUCUGGUCCGUGCGCCAGCAGAAGCGCGUCGGCGGCUCCGUCACCCUCAAGAACCACUUCGACGCCUGGGAGAAGGCCGGCCUCAAGCUCGGCACCCACAACUACCAGAUCCUCGCCACCGAGGGCUACCAGAGCAGCGGGUCCGCCGCUAUCACCGUCCAGCAGUCCUAAAGCGGCUGGACAAACCAAAAAAAAAACCCUUUUAACCACCCGAGAUCGGGAUCGUGUACCCACGUACUGGUUGCCAAGGAAUAAAAAAGGGAGUGUGUGAGCUUUGCUGGUCCGUCGCGAACGCCGGCUUCGCGGACCGUGUGGGGGCUUGCUUGCUUGGUUGCUUUCUGAUGUAUGCUAUUAGCCAGUAUCGUGUUGUGUUGUGUAUCGUCGGGUUCGGAUAUUACACGAUUAGUAUAUACGGGUUUUACAUAUGGAAGUUUUGAAAUAACGACCGAUAUUUCCGUGUUCGUGUAGGCGUGAGUGAUUCGUGCUAAUGAGAGUGAGGUGUAAAACUAGGUGCCUAACCUAACCUAACGUACGUUGUAGACAUACAUUAGGUACUUCACACAUCACUUGGGAUCAAUACUUGUAUGUCCCUAAGCACCUAAGCUCUAUAAGUCAAAGCUUAUACCUGGUUCAUAUGGAGACAAUAUGGAUAUGUUGAGUCUUUAACCGUAUUUUGCCG